AGGUUCUGAGGACAAGACCGAAGACUCUUCUGAGACUGAAGACAGUGAAGAUGAUUGGAUGGAGACCAGGGAGCCUCAGCCUCAUAUAAGAAACAACAAACGGCCGUUAAGUGAUAUGAGAUGUAAAACUGAUAAGAAACCAUUUAGUUGCUCUGAGUGUGGUGAAAGAUUUAGACGUAAGGACAUGCUGAAUAUACACAUGAGGAUUCAUACAGGAGAGAAACCAUUUAGUUGCUCUGAUUGUGGUAAGACAUUUAGCCAAAAGCCAAUGCUGAAUAUUCACAUGAGAAUUCAUACAGGAGAGAAACCAUUUAGUUGCUCUGAUUGUGGUUCUAGAUUUAACCAAAAACACCAUUUAAAGUUACAUAUGAGAAUUCAUACGGGAGAGAAACCAUUUAGUUGUUCUGAAUGUGGUAAAACAUUUAGCCAAAAGCAAAUGCUGAAUAUACAUAUGAGGAUUCAUACAGGAGAGAAACCUUUUGAUUGCUCUGAGUGUGCAGAAAGAUUUAGACAUAAGAACCAGCUGAAUGUACAUAUGAGGAUUCAUACAGGAGAGAAACCAUUCAGAUGCUCUGAGUGUGAUAAAAUAUUUGGACAUUCGGCUGAAUUAAAGAUACACAUGAGAGUACAUACGGGAGAGAAACCAUUUAGUUGUUCUCAGUGUGAUAAAGCAUUUAAACAAAAAUCUGAGGUAAAUUCACACAUGGCAGUUCAUACAAAAGAGAAACCAUUUAGUUGCUCUGAGUGUGGUAAAUUAUUUAGCCGAAAGACCGUUUUAAAGACACACAUGAGGAUUCAUACAGGAGAGAAACCGUGUAGUUGCACCCAGUGUGAUAAAAAAUUUAGACUUUCGGCUGAUUUAAAGAGACACUUGAGAAUACACACAGGAGAGAAACCAUUUGGUUGCAGUCAGUGUGAUAAAAAAUUUAGGCAAUCAGCUAAUUUAAAGGAACACAUGAUAAUGCAUACGGGAGAGAAACUCUUUGGUUGCUCUGAGUGUGGUAAAAGAUUUAACCGAAAGUUCACUUUAACGAGUCAUAUGAGGAUUCAUAGAGGAGAGAAACUCUUUGGUUGCUCUGAGUGUGGUAAAAGAUUUCGCCAAAAGUCUGCUUUAACGAGACAUAUGAGGAUUCACAGAGGAGAGCAGUGAUUCAGUUGCAUUGUUUGCAACAAAAGAUUUAUUAGGAUUGAUCAGCAGCUAUUCAUAUUAUACAUAUUCAUAUUUCACUGUUGUAAAUUGAGAAUUAAGAGUCCCUCCUUCACCUGUUUUAAUCAGCUUAACAGUUUUUGAAACGCAGCAUUGCACACGCACACACAGGCCCCACCCCACUCACUCACUCACACAGACACAUUAGAGAGGUGAACUCGUUGAUGUGAAUGAGGCGGUAAAUGUCGACUGGAAGCAACACAAGUGUGGAUAAAGGGUUUCGGACUAAUGAUAAAUUAUUAGCGCUGCUGUUUCAGGAUCAGAACAGAAGCAGCGGUUGGUUUGUAUCGUGCCAGCGUCUGAGUGUCGUCCUCCACACUCACUGACCUGAGCUCACUUUUUUACUAUCAACACCAACACUCAUCACAAGUUAUUAGAACCUGAACAGAACUGAACUUUACUUUGUGUUUGUUUGAUUAACUCCAGAGUUUAAGAGAGACACACACACCCACUAACCUAAUACAAUAGAAACCUAAAAGUUCAUCUAAAUUAUAACCAUUCACUUUACUGAGCUGGUUAAAUAUAUCCUGGGCCAAAUGUUUCGUAUUUAUUCAAGAGCAACUUUUAUUAACCGAGCCAGAGAGUCAGUUUUAUUUAUUGUUUUGGUUUUGUGGUUUAUUUUAUUCCUCAAGGAUAUUCUAAUAUUUCUCAUUCUAAUGUCAGAAUAUUCAAGGCUGCUUGUGUUAGUAUAAGGCUCCAUGGAGAUGCUGCUGAGAGAUUUUUAAAUUACAGGGAUGCGCAAGAAAACAAAAAACUUUACGCAGGUGAAAGGUCUAAACUGUGAAACAACACAUUCAGAUGUGAAGGUGAGAAAUGAGCUGUAUUUUGUAUAUAUAUAUUAUAUAUAUAGAUUAGUUUUGUACAACAAAUUUUGUUCGAUGUGUGCGUAUGAUAAUGUUUUGCUAUACACACAUUUAAAUUAAAAUAUCUGUAAAUUUCAGAAGAAAAUGAAAAAAAAAUUGAAACUGCAUAAUAAAUAAUAAAUCACGCAUGUUGAAAAAUAAAUGUAUAACUAUUUAACAUAUAUUUCACAAAUGGCUCCAACACAGAACAUUCUAGCUCCUUCCACCUGAUGGUGUAGUUUGAUUCAGAUCCAGGCUGAGAGAAGAACUGAUGGAUCCAACACAAAGAUCACACAAAGAGAUUUGUUCUGGACUGUUCAGACAGAGAAUUAGAAAAAAGAUUUGCCCAUAUAAACUGACGUGAACCAGUCAGAAUGAUUAAUACUCAUAUUUUCACUGAUUAAUCACAUGAAUUUAAGGCUGUUCAUUUUUUCGAAUGUUGAAUCAAUCAUAUACGCUGUAAUACACUGUGGUUUUCAGUUGAGAUAUGGAGGGAAGUUACACCAGUUGUUAAAAGCUGGAAACAAGCGGUGAUAUAUUGUGUUGCCCAAUCUAAUAUCAUUUGUAAUAACAUGUGCUCCACAAGAUGGCAGCUCAGUUUAGAUUAAAAACAUCUGCAUCUUUUACAGCAACUUGACGCAAAACUUUCCAACAAAGUGAGGCCAGACAAGGACUUUUAAUGUGAAAGAGAUGCAGGCAGCAUCAAGAUAAAUAAGGUUAUGUGAACAGAUGAUAAAUCAUAAACGAUACAACAGUUGUGGAUGUGGCAACAAUUUAAGAUUUUACAGAUUUUAUUUAUUUUUCAUUUCGCACGUGAGGACUCUUUGCUAAAACCUAAUACAAACAAAUAGCUGACAGAUUUUAGCUUAUACAUUUUUCUAACAAAGUAAGAAAUUGUAUCGUGGAAUAAUUCAUAUUUAUAAUACUGUUAUGUAGGAUUUUAUGAAUAGUGUUUACAGAUUUGUUUGUUGUCCUCAUCCUGGGUUUGAGUGGAGAAUUUUAAUGGUCCUGGAAAAUGUGAUUUAAAAAUAGGAACAGUUGGUAUUACUGUUGUGUCGAUGAAUCAUGUAUUACGUUAUUCAUCUGUAUAACCCAUCAAAUAUCAUUUGAUUGUGGCAUCUGCUGUUUGUUUAUUUACAGUCCUCCACUACAUACAACCUUUUGCUUUGGACCAUAUUUCAUGCACAGCAUCUUGGACUGUUACAGUCAGCGACAUGAGUGAGGCUGUUCCACUGUAACUCAGCUGCCACCGUCCAACUUGACGUCUGGAAAACUGGAGCGUGUGUGUGUGUCGUGACCUCUCUUGCAGAAGGUUCUUGAUGAUGUCACUGUUGAUUUAAAUGCUUAUUGUCAUUUCUGUUAUUGGACACAACAACUUAGUCCUAAACAUCUCUACCCUCUCUCCUCGGCUGUGGCUCAGGGGGUAGAGCGGGUCUUCCUCUAACCAGAUGGUUGUUGGUUCAAUCCCAGUCUAAGUGUUCUUGGUACACCCUACUACUGGGCCCCGAAUAGAGAAAGUGCUGCACAUAGAUGCACUAUAAUCAAGACUAGAAAAGCGCAAAAUAUAUACAAAGCGCUAUAUAUAUAUAUAUAUAUAUAUAUAUAUACAGACCAGAUUUACCAUGUAAUCCCCUUCACCCUCCUCCUCUCAACUUUGCAGACACUGCUGUUGGCAUCAGAUGUAGCAUUUGUGUGAGAGAGAGAGAUAAAGGCUAACCCUGCACUUUCUUUUUCUCUACGUGUAUAAUACUUAUAUGAAGCAUUGUUUGAUAUCACGCUUGAUGUUACAUUACAUUACAUUACAUGUCAUUUAGCUGACGACUUUAUCCAAAGC